AUGGAUCGUGCCCAAGCCGUCAGAUCGCCGCUGGAUCAGCUUGAGGCACAGGUCAAUCUCGUCUUGGAACACACAGGUCGUCUCUUUGCAAACAAUGCGAGGAAUCAUGGCCAGAUCAACAACCCCUUGAGACUAAAACAGGUCAUCGCUGGGGCAAACAACAACUUCCAUGAUGCGCUUGAUCAGUUAGAAGGUGAAUUGACUCUGGCACGCGCCGUCAUGCGCCGUGAUCUUGCUGUAUACCGCUCUCAGCGAGCAGCUCGAACAGAUCCUAAAGCUGCCAGUACAGUGAAGCCUGAGCAUGGCACAAACAACACAGCGGCAAUUAGUCUGGACGAUGACAUUGUCAUGGGCGAGUCUCCACUAGAAAAUGCUAAGCCAUCACCGCCCAAAGACGCAGUCUCACUACCGGAAGGAGAGCAAGCAACCGAAUCAAAUUCAUCCCUUCACCUUGAUAUCCCUGGACAGGAUCACCAAGCUGCAGGCCACGCAGGCGAUGAGAAUACCGGUACUUACAGCAAUUUCGAUUUCGAGUCUCUCUUCAACGACCCAAGCAGCGCAGGCGCUGCAUCGCGAGCGAGUCCUAAAGAUAUACCUGCUCCAUCACCACCCCGGCCCCAAGCAGAAGCAGCAACAACAACCAACCCCACUGUCCAGGACACAAAGCCGCCUCCAGUCAGAACAAUGACCAUUCCCGAUGAGGAACCCAUCAAGCCAGCAUCCUUCAAUGACAAUGAUGACUUCGACUUUGCCGAUCUGACGAACUUUGGUCCGCCUGAUACAGUCAUGCAAGAUACGGAUGGCAUAUCCUCUCUCCUCCCUGGUCUCGAGAGCUAUGCAAACUCUGGUGGCGGUAACGGAGGCACGGACUCGAAUUCUCAAUCGGCUCCUGCAGACUUUGACAUCUUCGACGCAGCAGGUGUUGGUGACUUUGGCAGUGCUCCACAGCAGCAAGACCAGAAAGGUGAUGCCAAGCAAGAUGCUCAAGGGCAACCUGAGAUGGGCAAUAGAGACGAUACUUUCGACGACAUUAUGAACUUUACAGAGUUUGAUCUUGGUGACUUCUCUGGAAGUGCCACAGGCGAUGGUAGUGAAAGCAAAUUUGAUGCGUCGUUCUUCGAUAUCUGA